AUGGGCUUGUAUCGGCGUGGCUCUUGGCAUACAAGUUGGCACCACCGGUCGGGCAUGUAUUGUGCCGCUUCGUGGACAUUCUGGGCCAAGUUGAUGCUGAUUCACGUAAGCUACAUAUCGAUCGGAGCGGUACGAAACGGGGACUGGGCUACGAUGAACAGCAACGAGUGGCGUCCACCGGAACCAAACCCAUGGUCACCGAUGGACGGACCCGCUGACAGCCCGGUGACAUUGUUGACAAGUUCGCUAGAUCAUGGCGCUCAAAUCAGCAGUAGCUCAUCCGCACAGUCGAGGUUGGACCACGAGCGAAAAAGCGUCACGGUAGCGGAUAUCAUGCAUUCGACGGUCGACUGGCCCUUAAGCGUAACAAGUUUCUACCACUCCCAGCAAAACCGCCCCCCGCAAACAAAACCCACGGCGGAAAAACAUUUCCUGUUCCGGCGUGAUUUGAGCAAAGCACAAAGUACUUCGCUACGCCAUGCAUUACCACCAGCCCGGGCGUGGGCAGACAAUGGAACUGGUGCCAUUUGCCAAGAUCCUGGAUCGAUGGACGGAAAUUGCACCACGACCCGGGAGCGGUCACCAACACUAAUGACCAGCGCAAGCGGUAACACCACCGCCGACGAACUGCUCGUCCCGUACCCAUCGAACCGCAACUUCACCGCGAACGAAUCCGCGUUCGGCAUGCUGAAGGAGCUGGAAUUAGCCACACUCCAGUCGCCGCUGGAGGACAAUCACACCGCCCACAGCAACACCGCCGUGAACCUAAACGACCACAACGACGCACUGUGUGAUGACGAUUCCGAUCAGAUGGAGUACAACGAGAACUGUUUCAUCGAUCACAACGUUACUUGCGUGGGGGAUCCGGACUUUUGCAAUCUCACAUACAGCGAGUACCGACAGCUGCUGAUGGAUUACAUCUACCCUUCAACGGGCGAGUGGAUUCUCAUUGCCUCACACACCGUUGUCUUCCUCAUGGGACUGGUCGGAAAUGCACUGGUAUGCAUAGCGGUUUACACCAACCAUACGAUGCGCACCGUGACAAACAUCUUCAUCGUCAACCUGGCCGUGGCCGACUUCUUCGUGAUUCUGUUCUGUCUGCCGCCGACCGUCGUCUGGGAUGUGACCGAAACGUGGUUCAUGGGGAAGGCAAUGUGCAAGGUGGUAAUCUACUUUCAGACCGUUUCGGUGACAGUUUCGGUACUAACGCUGACAUUCAUUUCGAUCGAUCGCUGGUAUGCGAUAUGCUUUCCCCUACGCUACAAACCGAGACCCGAACGUGCCUGGCGCUCGAUUGCCCUCAUUUGGCUCAUUGGCUUCCUGUCGGACCUGCCAGAAUUCCUGGUACUGACGACGAGACGCAAGAAGUUACGCUUCGACAUCAAACUUUUCACCCAAUGUGUCGCAACGUGGGACAACGAAACGGAAAAAACUUUCUACAUCUUUAAGUUUGUGCUGCUCUACACACUUCCGCUGCUAUUCAUGACCGUAGCCUACUUCCAAAUAGUUCGCGUACUGUGGCGCUCAGACACUAUCCCCGGCCAUCGGGAAUCCCGCAAUCAGCCGUGUGGCAUUCACAGCACCAGGACGACACUCAAUUGUGUGGGGAACACCAGCACCAUGGGUCAACUGCGAGCACGCCGGAAAGCGGCCAAAAUGUUAGUAGCGGUGGUGAUCAUGUUCGCCGGUUGCUAUUUUCCAGUGCACAUGCUAAACGUCGCAAGGUAUACUGUCGACAUUGGUCAAAGUGAUAUCGUGGCUGUGCUAUCUUUAUUUUCUCACUGGCUCUGCUACGCAAACAGUGCCGUUAACCCUGUGAUCUACAACUUCAUGAGCGGCAAAUUCCGCCGUGAGUUUAAAAAUGCACUGGAAAAGUGUCGCUGCCUGCGAAACUCCCAUGCCUACGGGGGCCGCGUUGGAGGCUAUGAUGAUCGCUCGCUUUGCCACACGGCGACACGUUUAAACGUGAGCCCCAGCACCAGAAGCAAUUAUCAUUUGGCCAGUGUAAGAGAUGCCAGGUUUAAGCAACACACCCAGCAGACGUCAUUCAACGGAAGCCGACAUCAGCAUGGUCGCAACAGCAUCAAUCAUCCCGGCAGUCUUCAGCCACAAAUCUCGCCCAUCUCCGUCGAGGAACGGUUGGCGCUUACUAAAAGCUUAGACGGCUGCGAAACCCUCCAGCUGACAAAUCGGAAAAACUCUUCCACCCUUGCCGGAACUAAUGGCAGCGGCCUGGGGCACGGCAAAACCACCAACAAUGGGAAUGGUGUAGGGAAUGGUAGCCAGUCCUUGCUACAACACAAUCAUCAUCAUUCUCAUCAGCAGCAGCAGCAGCAGCAACAACAACAACAGCACUACAAACAGUAUGGCGAACAAAUGAUCACAGAUGGUUGCCUAGUGGCCAGUGAAGAUAGUGCCGCUCCCCAGGAACAAUCUGUCACUGCCCCAACGGCCAUGCUUAUGAUAGUGAAUAAAUCGAGCAAUUGUAAAAUCGGUGGUACUUGACAGGCAAAAUUGCACGUCUCCUGGCGAAAGCCACGUCCGGACAAGAAACCCUGGACGCAGGUGCAC